ACGACCCACAAAGAAAUAUGGAACCGUCGUAAACCUUCCGUAAUACCAUGGUGACAGAGGUCUCUGCUUCUGCCGAUGGAUGGGGGGGGCCUUAUAUAGCCUUCAGGCCCUCUCCCGCGCGUGGGUCCUCUUCUUAAAGACAGAUCAGUAAAGGCAUACGCACUCGCAAUGGCUAUCAGAGACACUCAGACGCUUGCUGCUGCUGCUGGUUCUGCUUCAUCUACAGAUACCAUGCUUACAGAGGUCUCCAUCACAGAUGGCGGAUCUGCCGAAAUCGUGUCAACAGGCACGACUUUGCUUCCUCAGGUCCUCAUGCCCAUCGUAGUCGCUUGUGCGGUGGUUGCUGUCUUCGGAACGGCACUUGUCGUCUGGCUUCUUGUUCGUCGUCGUCAGAGAAGGAUAAUGCAACACAGUAUCUCAGCUUAUGGAGAAAAACCCAUGCUGGAGGCUUUCAACUUUCCCGGGCCGACAAGUCCGCACCGGUCAAGCUGGCAAACUGCGCGAACAUGGAGAGCCAGUCAGGCUCUCAGAAUACCUUCGGUGCUGUCGCCACUAAGCACGAACUUCCCUGUGUCACCAGGCUACACACGAGUCAAGCACCAGAGUACUUUGCUGCCCUCUCCGCCUAUUAGCCCGAUGACCGUAAGUACAUCACGUAUUUCGUCGUCUCCUCCGCCAUUAUAUUCCAAGCUCGAAGGCCAUGGCCCAGAAAGAGUCAUGAAGGCGAAAGCAACCAUGCAACAUUAUACACCAACCCGGCCACGGACGCCGGAGGUCAGGAACCUUAUGGAGGUAGUGUCGAGCACUGCAAGCGACAGUUCCACCAGCAGCAGGACUACAGACGGGUCUCGCACCCUGAAGGAUACGGAUGAGAAAGUCUGGUGGAAAGCUGAAGAAACAAAAACUCCUGUCAAGAAACCGCAACCACCGCCGCCCAGGCGGAAGCUGGUGCCUCGUCCUCUGGUUCCGAAGAUCCAGGUCACACGGGCUUCCGUCAUUCCAGUGGCUUUUCGUGAAUCAGUGCUUCAGCGAGCAGGUGAGUUGGAGGUCAUGAAGACGCACAUGGAGAAGCUGGAGAAGGAAUUUGUGGAGGAGAUGGCAGCAGCAACUGUGGACUCGCCGACAAGGCCUUGGAGGCACAGCGUGCGAAGCAGCGGGACUGUAUCGCACGAGGCCCCGGAGUACUCUUUCAUCUAGUCAUAGUACCUAGGAACAUAAGAGAUAUUUUCACAUAUCC